ACGUGACGAAAGUACAUUGGAAAGAAAAGCUACUAGCCACUUUCACGAACUCAAACCAGAACCACAACAAGGGAAGAGAUUCUAAGGACGAGACGACUAGUUUUUAUGAAAGCACACUUGAAGCACCUAAAGAGGAGCACCUUGGGGCACGCGGCACCGGAAACGACGACGGCCAUUGUAGCGAGGACAUGCAACGGCUCAAAUGUUCUGGGUGCACCGCUGUCCGUCAUGAAGAAAAGGCGGCAGGAGGAAGAGGAGGUUUUGUGCUGCUGUGAGUAUGUCAACAGACAUGGCGAGCGCAGCCAUGUGGCCGCCUGCUGCUGUAACUGUGAGGACCUGGACGAUAUGUGUGACAGGUUUUUUAAAAGGGAACCUCAGAAUCCAGAGUCGAUGUCCCGGGUGGCCGCUGUCAUCAGAGAUCGUCUCCGUGUUCCCUGGCUGUGGGGCGGCGCCCAAAAAGUGGACCCGUCUAUCAUCCCUCCACUGCUCAUACUCCCGGCGCUGCUGCACCUUGCUGCUGUCCAUUUUCUGCUGGGUGUGGGGGUUCUGACGAUUCUGCCGGUCCUGGUGCUGUGGUACUACUACAUCACCCACCGCAAAAAGGGACGGACACUGUUCUUCCUCAGCCUGGCUCUCUUCUCCUUGGCCUACAUGUACUAUGUGUUCAUAAUUGAAGUGCUGCCACAAGGGGAUAUCAGCCCCUUUCAGGUUGCCGUGGUAACAGCAGGGGUUGUGUUCACUCUCCUCUGCCUCAUCCAAACCAAGAGAGGCCCGGGCAUUGUGAAGUCAAACCAAGAGUUAAUCCCAGAUCCUCCUUUCAGUGGCCGGAGGCCAGACAUAACAGUAGCCGACCAAAUGGGAUGGUCUCAGGAGGCGGAGCUUAGCCGGAAGAACUGGUGUCACAUAUGCAGGGUAUCGCGGCCCCCAAGGGCGGGACAUUGUCGGAUCUGUGGUGUCUGCGUGCUGCGUCAUGACCACCACUGUGUAUGGAUCAAUAGCUGCGUGGGCCAGGCCAAUCACCGCAGCUUCCUGCUGACAAUUGUUGUCUUCCUCUUGACGUCCCUGUACGGGAUCAACCUGGUGUUGCGGAGCGUGUGCCCCGCACAAAACGUCCUCAUCGCCCUGCUUUAUUGCCCUGGGGUCUACGAGCAUUACAGUGCCGCCUUGUGCUUCACAUGCGCCUGGUACUGCAGCAUGGUGACUGGCGGCCUGCUACAUCUGCUCCUGGUGCAGAUCAUCAACAUCAGCUACAACGUGACUGAGCGCGAGGCACGGGCCGCCUUCAGGGACAGAUCUGGCCGCAGGGCCUUCUGGGGCCUUGCUGUUGACACCGGAGUUUACUCGCGAGGUUUCCGAGGCAACUGGGCUGAGUUCAUCACCGCGGCGAGCGAAGGGACUUCCCAUUUCUCAACCCAGCCGGACGUGGUGUAAGGGAACUCUCAUUGCUGUUCUGCUCUUGUCCACUGGGUGACAGCGUGGCGCCUUUCAGUGUUCUUCCACUUGGCUGGCCUUCAAGUGCUGUUAUGAUCGGGUAUCUUCCUUCCUUCCAGCAAUAACACUCACACGUCACAUUUCCACGCAGCCACAUCCACUCACUGUGAACUUCUGGUCACUUUGCACUGCUUCUUCUUUCAUCUGUCAUUCAUCUCCAUGACAAGCACAUAUGACUUUUCUCACACUUCCUCACUGAGCACUGUCUUUGUGUGUCUCUACACUUCAGUGCCAUGCAGUGAGUCUGCAAGGAAUUGAGUUAUGCCUGAAUGACAUUUGGUCAUUUGGUUAUCCAUCCUGCCGGGACCGCGGCAGGCAACAAGUUGACGCCGCCUUACGUCUCGUGCACAUUGCACAGGCUGAUCAGCAUAUCUACCUCCCACGUCUUCUGUGCUUGCACACGCCCCCUCCCAUGCAUGCAGGUAAUCAGGCCUGGUAUUGUUCUGCAGGGUAACAAGCCACUGAGUAGACAUGUACAGGGAAAUGAUUAGUUCACUUUUGAGCCAGCUGGGGAAAAAUAUAAAAAAUAACCUCCACAAUCCAAAUUUUGACAGCACCAAAUUGUACCCAUCGAUACACAGCUCUUCAUUUUGUCAUAAAUGCUUUAUUCACUUCAAAUGUUGGGAAGAUAUGUUCUGUUAGACAGUGUUCUGGUCCUCAAUGAUGUAAUUGACAGUUGUACACCAUGAUGAUUUCAUGGUGUUUGUUGUUUAUUUUUAAUAAAAAACUGA